GCCGAGGACCCCCGGAGCUCAUGGCCCAGGCGAAGAUCAGCGCCAAGGCCCACGAGGGCCGCUUCUGCCGCUCGUCCUCCAUGGCCGACCGCUCCAGCCGCCUGCUGGAGAGCCUGGACCAGCUGGAGCUCAGGGUCGAAGCCUUGAGAGACGCAGCUACUGCUGUUGAACAAGAAAAGGAAAUCCUCUUGGAGAUGAUCCACAGCAUCCAGAACAGCCAGGACAUGAGGCAGAUCAGCGAUGGAGAAAGAGAGGAAUUAAACCUGACUGCCAACCGUCUGAUGGGCCGGACCCUCACUGUGGAGGUCUCAGUGGAAACGAUCCGAAACCCCCAGCAGGAGGAAUCCUUAAAGCAUGCCACGAAGAUUAUCGAUGAGGUGGUCAGUAAGUUCCUGGACGACCUGGGGAAUGCCAAGAGCCACUUAAUGUCACUUUACAGUGCAUGCUCAUCUGAGGUGCCGCCUGGGCCGGUUGAUCAGAAAUUCCAAUCGAUAGUCAUCGGUUGCGCUCUUGAGGAUCAGAAGAAAAUCAAGAGGCGAUUGGAGACUCUGCUGAGGAACAUUGACAACUCCGACAAAGCCAUUAAACUCUUAGAGCACACUAAAGGGUCCGGUUCCAAAAACCUGCAGAACACUGACAACAAAUUUAAUUAGUCACAUCCUCAGGCCCUUCCAAAAGAUGUAGAAGAGAAAACUACUAUUUUAAAUAGCUAUGUCUUUAUGUUAGGCACAACCACUAUAUGGUUUCAGAUGGGGAAGUAUUCCAGUGUCGGCAGACACACAAAUAACUAGGAAUAUUUCAGUCACCUACUUUGAGGUUUUGGACAGUGUUCCUGUCUUGAAUUGGACUCUAUCACUACAUAUUUAAUUCUGAAGAUGCACAUGUAGUAUGUGGGGGGGGGUAGAAAAGGGGAGGGGGCAAAAAUACCACUGCUCUUUCUUUGACUUCAGCACAGAGCACCCAACGCUGGAGCACUGCACUCACACCAGUGCGAACAGAGCACCCAGUCCCUGGGGCAGUGCACUCACCCCACAGUGUGAGGACAGCACCCAGCCCCUGGAGGGGUGCAGUUACGCCACACAGUGUGCCUAGAAGGAUAAACGCAUCAGAACUUCACCCUGCAUGUUCUCCACGUUUUGGGCAUCUGUUUCUCUAUGCAUCUUGUAACAUGUAUUUCUAGCUGUGUGUGGAAGCAUGACAACAUGCGAGGAGCCCGCCUUCGUUUUACCACUGUGAAGCUCCGCCCCCACCCUGUACCCUGCCCGGCAUCCCUCCAGUGCUGACUGCCUUGAGCCCACAUGUGUGGCAGGAGCACUCACCCGACCACUUCUCUGGACAGCUGGUGGUUUCGAUCUGUCGCUAUGACUACAACAUACCUAUGUCGGUUGAGCUUUACUGUUCUUGGUCUUCUUUGUUUAAAAUUCCAUGAAUGGGUUCAUCGGGCCAAAGGAUAUAGACAUUUUCAUGGCCUAGAAACAUAUUUCUAAAUUUUUAUAAGUUGUAUCAGUUUGUACUGUCUUCAGUGAUUAAAAGAAUCCAUUUCGCUGAA